AUGCUCGGACUUUGCUCCCUCGGCAAACUCCUGGUCCCAACAACCUCCCACCCUUUGUCACGUCCUCUACACUGCUUCGACAACGACGAUUACGACGACGUCCCCCCUUUCUUGGGUGAUUCGGACGACGAUACCGACGGCGUGACAGUGCCGCCAGGUGUGAUUGCCGCCAUUGUCGUGUCCGUCGUCGCUUUUAUCAUACUCGUCACUGGCAUCUUCGCCUACCGGGACUACCGGAGGAAACGGGUACUGAAAAAGCACGAGGUUGCUUUGAAGGAGAUCGAAUCAUCGGCUGCCAUGACUCUGUCCGGAGCUCUGGAUCCCCCUCCUCCAUACGAAGUCCACGAUUCUUCUACUUCUAUGGUGGUAUUAAGCGGAAGAUACCAACCGCAGCGUGGAUUUAGCACUGUCAGCACCGAUAUGAGCUCUCAUCCAACCAUUCUAGAUGGAGUAGAGCCUGGGACAAGACCUGAACAGCCUCGGGGAACGUGA